GUCGCAGGGGCCAGCCGAGGUAAACACCAUGCUGUCAAACUAAAAUAAAAAACAUCAAGCGCGUUGUCGUGUUUUUCGCACAUGUCGGAAUUUUUAUUGGUUUUCGUUGAAUUUAAAGUUUAAUAUCGUUAAUUUACUAUUCAUAUAAGCAGUACAGUCAUGACUUGUGUCGGCAAGGAGCACAGCUACCUCAUUUACCGCGGAAGCAAUUUCCUCAAGCAGCGACUGAUCCUGUCGACGCUGAGUGGCAAACCGGUGGAAAUCCGCGACAUCCGACUGCAGGACGAUGAAAGCCCCGGCCUGAGGGAGUACGAAACUGACCUGCUGAAGUUGCUGGACAAGGUGACCAACGGAACGCGUGUCAAGGUGGAUCGAACCGGGGGCUCGUUCAGCUACCAGCCCGGGCUGCUGCAGGGAGGUGCAUUCCAGCACGAUUGUUGCACCGAACGGGGGAUUGGCUAUUAUUUGGACGUGCUGGUGGCGUUGGGGCCGUUCUGCAAGCUUCCACUGGAUGUCACACUGACCGGAGUGACGAAUAGCGCCGAGAGCCCCUCGGUGGAUCACAUCAAGGCGUCGGCUUUCGCCGCGUUGAAGCGGUUUUUGUUGGUGGAUGAAGGGCUGGAGUUGACCAUUCGGAAACGCGGGAUCAUGCCCGGGGGAGGCGGAGAAGUGCAUUUUAAGUGCCCGGUGAGGAAGACUUUGAAAGCCAUUCAGUGCACGAAGCAGACCAUGGUCAAGCGGAUCCGGGGUACGGCCUACUGUUGCAAGGUUUCUCCAGCGAUGGCCAAUCGAGCGGUGGAAUCGGCCAAGGGAGUCAUGCUGAAUUUUCUGCCGGAUGUGUACAUCAAUACGGAUCAGCACAAGGGCAAGCGAUCGGGAAACAGUCCUGGCUACGGAGUCAAUUUGGUGGCAGAAACGACAGAUGGGAGCAAAUUCUCCGCAGAAGCCACUUCCAAAACACUGGAAGACGGUGGAAAUCCUUCGAUUCCGGAAGAUGUGGGGAAAGAAGCGGCCAUGAAGUUGUUGGAUGAAAUCUACCGCGGUGGAUGCGUGGAUUCGGCGUUUCAGUGGCUGGUUGCCCUAUACAUGGCCCUGGGGCAGAAGGAUGUGUCCAAGUUUCUGAUUGGACCGUUGUCGCAGUACUCGAUUUAUUUCCUGCAACAUUUGAGGGAGUUUUUCGGGAUCACGUUCAAGCUGGAGAAUGCCUCCGGAGAGGAAGGCGACGAGGAUGAGAUGGACGACGACGAGAUGGCAGGUUCGAACAAGGUGAUGAUUACCUGCGUGGGGAUCGGGUACAGUAAUUACAGCAAAAAGGUUAUUUAGAAUUAGAAUGUUAAGUUUAAUAAAGAUUUUUCAAAGAGAUACAAACUAGCAAAUUUUACUGAGAGAAUCAAAAGGGUUUAAUAAGAUUUAUUGAAUGAA